GGCGGCGGCGGUUGGCCGUUGGGGGCUGGGAGGAGCAGGACCCUGGCUGUCGGCGCAGCUGGAGCUGGCAGUUGCCGGGGCCAAGCGGAGGAUCCGGCGCGGGGAGCGCGCCCCAGGCCGGGCGGAGCCUGCGGCUGCAGCGGGACUGCCGGGCGCGCUGGCCUCGGCGGCGUCUCCAAGAAGCAAGUGUCUGAGGCUGAGAUUCGGCGGCGGCUGGGGCGGAGAUGUAUUGUCUCAUCUGCAUACUUGAAGGAUCUACAAUCACGUAAACUCGCUUGUAACCAUGGAGCCAUGUGACCCAUCAAGAUAUAGAAAAAGUGCUGCUGAGCUUGGGAACCAGGCACUUGUUCACCAGUUCAACAAUUAAACUAAUAUAUCUCUGCUGAUAAUCAAGAAUAAAGAGCCAAGUAAAAGUCAUGCACAUUCUAUUGACAAAUGGACUCUGUGGCUGUUGAAUUUUGCUGUAACUGGUUACUCUGUCAUUCAAAGUCAACUUACUCUGCCAGUUAUGUCCUAGUGGAUGUAGAGACCCGUGUUGAUGUAUUCUGAUGUUAGCAAAUGUUGAAGAUAAGAAACCUACUAUGACUAAUCCUUGGGAAGAGAAAGUCUGCAAAAUGGCUCAAACGAGUUUACUGCAGGGGAAGCAGUUUUACUGUAGGGAGUGGGUUUUCCACAAGCUUCAGCAUUGCCUCCAGGAGAAAACUAACUGCUGCAACAGCACUGUCAACACCCCACCCCUCUUAGUGAAUUCUGGGAGCAAUGCUAGUGUUGUCUGUGGAAAAGGCGCUGCCUGGGGUGUGUUGUUGGUAGGAGGGCCUGGCAGUGGCAAGACAGCCCUAUGUACUGAGCUCUUGUGGCCAAGUUCACCUACAGGCUUGCAGAGAGGUUUACAUCGCCAGGCUUUGGCCUUCCAUUUCUGCAAAGCCCAGGACUCUGACACGCUGUGUGUUGGAGGGUUUAUUAGAGGUCUUGUUGCCCAGAUCUGCCACAGUGGGCUACUCCAAGGAUAUGAGGACAAGCUGAGGGACCCAGCCAUCCAGAGCCUCUUACAGCCCGGGGAAUGUGAGAGGAACCCAGCUGAAGCAUUUAAAAGGUGUGUUCUGCUCCCGCUUUUGGGAAUGAAGCCUCCCCAGCAAAGCCUGUAUCUGCUUGUGGAUUCAGUUGAUGAAGGCUGUAACGUCACUGAAGGUGAACAGACGUCCACCAGCUUAUCUGGGACUGUGGCAGAGCUUUUAGCUGGUCACCAUGAGUUCUUUCCACCAUGGCUAUUGCUUCUCUGUUCUGCCCGAAAACAGAGUAAGGCUGUUACUAAAAUGUUUCCUGGUUUUCGAAAAAUAAGUUUAGAUGACCUUCGGAAGGCAUAUAUUGUUAAGGAUGUGCAACAGUACAUUCUCCAUCGUUUAGAUCAAGAAGAAGCUUUGCGACAACACCUCACAAAAGAAACUGCAGAAAUGUUAAAUCAACUGCACAUUAAAAGCAGCGGGUGCUUUCUUUAUCUAGAACGGGUUCUAGAUGGAGUUGUAGAAAAUUUUAUUAUGUUACGAGAGAUCCGUGACAUCCCAGGAACUCUAAAUGGUCUCUAUCUCUGGCUGUGCCAAAGACUUUUUGUGAGAAAGCAGUUUGCAAAGGUUCAACCUAUUUUGAAUGUGAUUCUUGCUGCCUGCCGACCUUUGACCAUAACGGAAUUAUAUCAUGCAGUAUGGACCAAAAAUAUGUCAUUAACCUUGGAAGACUUUCAACGCAAGUUAGACGUGCUCUCCAAACUCCUUGUUGAUGGACUAGGAAAUACUAAAAUCCUAUUUCACUACAGCUUUGCAGAGUGGCUUCUGGACGUGAAACACUGCACACAGAAGUACUUAUGCAAUGCAGCAGAAGGACACAGAAUGCUGGCUAUGAGUUAUACCUGCCAAGCCAAGAAUCUAACACCAUUGGAAGCACAAGAAUUUGCAUUGCACUUAAUUAAUUCAAACUUACAGUUGGAGACAGCUGAGUUAGCUCUGUGGAUGAUAUGGAAUGGUACACCUGUCAGAGACUCCCUGUCAACCUUAAUACCCAAGGAACAAGAAGUGUUACAGCUGUUGGUUAAAGCUGGUGCUCAUGUGAACAGUGAAGACGAUCGCACAUCAUGCAUAGUCCGUCAAGCCUUAGAAAGAGAGGAUUCCAUUCGGACCUUACUAGAUAAUGGAGCUUCAGUAAAUCAGUGUGAUUCAAAUGGGAGAACAUUAUUGGCUAAUGCUGCAUACAGUGGCAACCUUGAUGUGGUGAAUUUACUUGUCUCUAGGGGAGCAGAUUUAGAGAUAGAAGAUGCUCAUGGGCACACACCACUUACCCUGGCUGCUAGACAAGGACAUACCAAGGUGGUUAAUUGUUUGAUUGGGUGUGGAGCAAACAUUAAUCAUACUGAUCAGGAUGGCUGGACAGCAUUAAGAUCUGCUGCUUGGGGUGGUCACACAGAGGUGGUUUCUGCGCUACUUUAUGCUGGUGUAAAAGUGGAUUGUGCGGAUGCUGACAGCCGAACAGCUUUGAGAGCAGCAGCGUGGGGAGGACACGAGGAUAUUGUACUGAAUUUGCUACAACAUGGUGCUGAAGUCAACAAAGCUGAUAAUGAAGGUAGGACUGCUUUGAUAGCAGCAGCCUACAUGGGACAUAGAGAGAUUGUGGAACACCUUCUGGACCACGGAGCAGAAGUGAAUCAUGAGGAUGUUGAUGGCAGGACUGCACUCUCUGUAGCUGCACUUUGUGUGCCUGCAAGUAAAGGACACGCGUCAGUUGUCAGCCUUUUAAUUGAUCGAGGUGCUGAAGUAGAUCAUUGUGAUAAAGAUGGCAUGACCCCACUGCUGGUGGCUGCCUAUGAAGGACACGUCGAUGUGGUUGACUUGCUUCUCGAGGGGGGAGCAGAUGUAGACCACACAGAUAACAAUGGCCGUACACCCCUCUUAGCAGCUGCUUCUAUGGGCCAUGCUUCAGUCGUGAACACACUUUUGUUUUGGGGUGCAGCUGUGGAUAGCAUUGAUAGUGAAGGUAGGACAGUCCUCAGCAUAGCCUCAGCCCAAGGCAAUGUUGAGGUGGUACGUACUCUACUGGAUAGAGGGUUAGAUGAAAAUCACAGAGAUGAUGCUGGAUGGACACCUUUGCACAUGGCAGCUUUUGAAGGUCACAGAUUAAUAUGUGAAGCACUUAUUGAACAAGGUGCUAGAACAAAUGAGAUUGAUAAUGAUGGACGAAUACCUUUCAUAUUAGCUUCGCAAGAGGGUCAUUAUGAUUGUGUUCAGAUAUUACUGGAAAAUAAAUCCAACAUUGAUCAAAGAGGUUAUGAUGGUAGAAAUGCACUGCGGGUUGCUGCACUAGAAGGACACAGGGACAUUGUUGAACUACUUUUUAGCCAUGGAGCUGACGUUAAUUACAAAGAUGCUGAUGGUAGGCCUACCCUUUAUAUUUUGGCCUUAGAAAACCAACUUACAAUGGCUGAGUAUUUUUUAGAAAAUGGUGCAAAUGUAGAAGCAAGUGAUGCAGAAGGAAGGACAGCACUUCAUGUUUCCUGCUGGCAAGGCCAUUUGGACAUGGUGCAGGUUCUGAUAACCUACCAUGCUGACAUCAAUGCCGCAGACAACGAAAAGCGAUCUGCCUUGCAGUCUGCAGCGUGGCAGGGCCACGUGAAAGUGGUGCAGCUUCUGAUAGAGCAUGGAGCUGUUGUUGACCACACUUGUAAUCAAGGUGCCACUGCCCUCUGCAUUGCAGCCCAGGAAGGGCACAUCGAUGUUGUGCAGGUUCUCCUAGAGCACGGUGCUGACCCCAACCACGCAGAUCAAUUCGGACGCACUGCUAUGCGCGUGGCAGCUAAAAACGGACACUCUCAGAUAAUUAAAUUAUUAGAAAAAUAUGGUGCAUCUAGUUUGAACGGCUGUUCCCCCUCUCCUGUUCACACAAUGGAGCAGAAGCCUCUACAAUCCGUGUCUUCAAAAAUGCAGUCGUUAACAAUUAAAUCAAAUAGCUCCGGCAGUACUGGCGGAGGGGACAUGCAGCCUUCACUGCGUGGUUUACCGAAUGGGCCAGCGCAUGCCUUCAGUUCUCCUUCAGAAUCUCCAGACUCUACAGUCGAUCGUCAGAAGUCAUCCUUGUCCAAUAAUUCUCUGAAAAGCUCAAAAAAUUCAUCUUUGAGAACUACUUCGUCUACAGCAACGGCUCAAACAGUGCCAAUUGAUAGCUUUCACAACCUGUCGUUUACUGAGCAGAUCCAGCAGCAUUCGCUGCCCCGCAGUAGAAGUCGACAGUCCAUUGUGUCCCCGUCUUCCACAACACAGUCCUUGGGACAGAGCCAUAACUCGCCCUCGAGUGAAUUUGAGUGGAGUCAAGUCAAGCCCAGUUUGAAGUCAACGAAAACAAAUAAAGGGGGGAAAUCAGAAAAUUCCAGCAAAUCUGGGUCAGCUGGGAAAAAGGCUAAACAAAAUAAUUCCUCACAGCCAAAGGUUUUAGAAUAUGAAAUGACUCAGUUUGAUUCAAGAGGGCCUGCAGCCAAACCCGGGUCCAGCACACCCCCUAAACAAAUACCCGCAGAAUCUCAGUGCAAAAUUAUGAUACCGUCUGCUCAGCAAGAAGUUGGUCGAUCUCAGCAGCAGUUUCUCAUUCACCAACAAAGUGAACAGAAGAAGAGAAAUGGAAUAAUGACAAACCCAAAUUACCAUCUUCAGAGCAACCAGGUGUUUCUUGGUAGGGUUUCCGUCCCAAGAACAAUACAAGACAGAGGGCAUCAGGAAGUGUUGGAAGGGUACCCUUCGUCAGAGACGGAAUUGAGCCUUAAACAAGCCCUGAAGCUUCAGAUCGACGGUUCUGACCCUAGUUUCAACUAUAAGAAGGAGACACCAUUAUAACAGUUCCCUGUUCUGUGAGACAGAAGACAUUGUGAUUGGAGUGGUUCUGCAGCUACUGGAUGGAAACAUAACAUGCCUGUUGAUUGCUGAAAAAAAAAGAAUGUGAUAUUUGCAGUUCAGUUACCUUAAUUACUGUAAUGUGCCUAAAUAGCAAGGCUGCCUUCUCAAUGUAACCCUCUGUGCUUAAAAAUGUCAUUUAGUGUGCUUUGUAUUCACUACACAAGAAUAAGCACUUUUUUUUUAAAUGCAAGUAUAUACUGCAGUUCCCUGAUAAAAGCUGAAAAAUUUUUAAGUAUUUUAAGUUAAGAUUUGAUAAAUGUGCAUGUGCCAUGAUCAAAUAUAUAUGAAAAGGCAGUGUCCUUGUAUUUAUUUUUUUUUCUUUUUGUGGCAAACAAAAGUUAAGCCUACUGUUUCAGUCACAUUUGCAUUGCUGUAGUGUGUGGCUUGUUUCCUGUAUCUUUAAAAAUGUCACUCAUUAAAAUAAAUCAUGCAACUAUUUAUACUCACUACACCUUCAGCAUUGGUUGAAAAUGGACUUCUAUUUAAUGCCAUUGAGGUGAAGAAAAAUGGUUUCUUCGUAGAUUUAAAAAUAAUUUCUAGUAUUUUAGGGAGCUGCUCUAAGUAGUUUAAAUUUGGAUUUCCCAGUAGAAUCCUCCUAAUUUCUGGCUACAUGUGUCAAAAAGAAAAAAAAAAGACUAUAGGCAGAACAAAGUUCUGUUUCAUUCAAUGGGGUACAAUUUCACCUUCCAUUCACUCGUCAUUCCACCUCCAAGAAGACAGACUGUCAUUCUUGAGGCAUGGAACGUCUCAGGACGCAGCCACGUGUACGUGGGAGGAGAUAUGCCUGUCUCUCUGAGGGUAGAUUUUUGAUCCCUGAGCAAUUCAUUGACUACCCUUAUCUCUACCGUCCAGUUGAAUCAAAUACAAUUUACCAGUGAAUUUGAAUACUGGCUUCCCUCUCAGUUGCCUCUGUUUUGUAAAUCACUGCAUGAUGGAGAUAGCCCCACUCAAAGUCAUUUGGAUCAAUUUUAGUGGUUAGUUUGAUGAAUAUUCUGGAAUGUAAUAAGUGCUGUCCUUCAGAGAUGAUACCACUAACCUGUCAGUCAUAACACGUGUAUUUUUUAUUAGUAUUUGAUAAACAAUUUUUUGUCCACAUACUCUUUCCUGCUUUCUUCUUUGAACAAUUGUUUGUGGGAUGACUGAAUGCUAUGGUGAAGGGUGAGGUCUGUGACCAAGGAAAACAAAGUUGACCGGCUCAGACGAGCAUGCGACCCACAGCCGUGGCCUAGAUGGACUCUCACCCAGUGGGGCAGUUGAGUGGGUGGGUGUAUGUCUGGAAAGGUUCCAAUGUACUUAAGCCAAGGGUGUGGGUUUGAUAUUUAAAUAAGCCCUGAAAAAUCUCACAAAAUCCAGAAGUUCUGUUCUUUCCAUAUACUGUUGAUAAGGAGGAGGAAUGAGGAAAGAGAAUUUGGAGAUUUAGCACAAAACUUACUAUUGGAAAAGAAUAUUUAGAAAAUGUCUUAGUAACAGAGGUCAGUAAUGUCAUCUUAAAUGAAGGAUACAUAUGUAGUGCAUUGUUCACAGAAACAAACGUGGAAUUGGUUGUGAUAAAUGUUUCACUUGGAUCUUUGUGUAAGGCUUUUCAUUUUGCUUUUGUUUUUUAAAGUCAGCAACACUCAUUUUGUUUAUGUCAUCAAGUCAUAAUCAGGAGUAGGAAAUGCAUUAAUAAGUUCACUCGCUAUUAAGGUGACAUGGCAAUAUGGAUAACUCGAAUGUGAAUGUUUCAAGUAUUGAAUUUUUGUCCCUAUGGGACAUUUAUUAAAUACACUUAAUAGGACUCUUGCAAAGUAGCCUUAGAAGUGUUAAUGAUUCUAUUAAUAAAUAUGAAUAUACACUAUUAUGAGAACCAUUCUUAUUCAUAUCUCAAAUACAGUACAUUUACAUUACUGUAGAAGAUGAAGCUCUAAUGUUUUAUUAGGUGUAUUUUUUUUAGAAAGAGAACCCUGAAAGCUGCCAGUUUUUCUAUUAACCUUGAAUUAUUGGAAUUGUAUUUAUUUAAUUUUAUUGUUUUUUUGUUUUGUUUUUUACAAAAAUGCACCUUGUGGCCAAAGGGCAAAGAUAUGACUCAUUACAUAAGGGAUUUAUGUUUUUCAAAGAGCUAAAUGUUUUCAUGUCCACAUUAUAUUACCACUUGAAACAGUUGGUAGGAAGAGAACCUGUUGGAAAAAAUAAGAUGUUCAAUAUGAUGUUUUUAUAUUAUGUUUGGAAUAGGACAAAAACGGCCUUCAGUCAGACUGAGGAUGAGAGGGUGCUGAGAUGCCUGACUGCUGAUUUCUUUCUGUACUGAUUUAAUACUAUGAUUGAAGAUGGCUUUUAAUCCUUAAGAAGAGUAAAAAUAGUCCCCCAAAUAUAACUCCUAAAUAGCUAUUUUAAGAAUUAAAAUGUUUAAAUUUUGUAAAUCACUUGAUGCCACUACACACCUAUGAUGCCAUGUGCUUAUAACAUUUUUAUAAUAUUCCAUCCGUGUCCAUCCCUAAAAGUCAUGAGGUGGUAAAAAGGGAAGUGAUAAAAAAAAAAUACAGUACUGAAGAAUGAAAACCUGAAUGCUUGUAGGAAAGGUUUGACCCGAACUCUGUGUACUGUGUAGCACACAGUAUCUUUUGUCCCUUAUCCUUGCCCCUCUCCUACUGGAAUCUUCACCAAAAUUAAUUCCUACUUAAAAAACAGGAGUAAAUACUUUUCUCAAUAUUGUCUGGCUAUGCAAAUGUUUGUUUUCCUUCAUGUCUCCAUUUACAUGUCUCAGCAAAUAUAGUUGCAAACAAAUACUUUUUUUUUCCAUUGGUUUGGGGUAUGUAAAUAGCCUAAAAUGUACAUUGAACUUCACAAUGUAAAAGUUUUAUUUUAUUCCUUGUAUUAUAUUAAGCAAAAAUCCCUAUGUAUAUGAAAGUGCAUAAUAAAUAUAUUUGCUUUACAGAG